GCCGCCGCCGCCGCCGCCUCGCCCGGGCUCCGCAGCUCCGCCGCCCGCGGGGACGCCAUGGAGCCGCCGCCGGCCUGCGGGGCCAGAGAGCACUUGUGUUAGCACCCGCACUCCGCUUCUCCCUGACCUGAAACUGGAUCCGGGCCUGAGCCCCGGCAGUGACCUGCUGGCAGCAGCACGCUUUUAGCUCGUUUGUUAAUAAGACGUGUGCUAUUUCCGUGUCUGGAGCGGUGCCUGGAGAUGGGGUUGUGGACGUAAAUCCUGAGCGAUAGCGGGUGGGCUGCUGAAAGCUGCCGGGAAGAUUUGUCCAUCACAUUGCCAUUCCCUUCAGCACAUUCACAUGCCUCCAGCAUCUUCACAAGCUCACCCGCAAUCGCACCAGAUGAUGCGCCGAUGCUGCUGCCGCCGGUACUGGUUUGCAGUGGAGGUUGUGCGUGCUGCGACCCUCCCGCUCGCUACUCCCGUGCACUGUGUCAAAAUGCAGAGGCUUCCCAGCACAGUGUCCCUGGGGACACAUCCAGAAGUGGGCCAAGAAAGAAGCAGAAUUAAAAAUAAAUGUAAGUGCAUCCUGACACGUUAACCACAUUUAGAGAGGCUUUAGUACCAACCCACUCCGCAGGAAGGCAGAAGAUGCUUGGAGACAAGUAGGUCACGGGACACAGAUUGUCCCGAAUCAGCAGGAAAAGAUGGAUCUGGAGCAGGCGGGCACAUCCCUGUGAACAGACGGGCAGGCAGGAGCAGGGCCGGGAGGAGAAUGCGCCAGCACCGGGGACUGCUGCCUCUAGCAUCACCAAAUUCCCUGGGAAAACCAGAAACGCUGCCGGUCUGCUCCUGAGCAGAGCCAUGGUUGUUUUGGAGCACCCAAGCCCUGCGGCUGACAAUGCACCUGGGGUGCCCAGGGUGCCAAGGCUGGGACCCCCGCAAGGCUGGGGAUUUGGGGGGCAGAGGCAGAGCCACUUGUGCUGCGGCUCCCGCCUGCCUUCAUACACGGAGAGGGAUGAGCCUGCGAGCACAGAGGCAGCCGGUAUGGCGGUCAGGUCCGUGCUACGCUCUGCCAUGGAGUCAGGAUUCCGUGCCACCCGGGGGGCUGCUCCUGCACCCCCCCAGUCUGCAGAGAUGCUCAAGAAGACACCUGCAAUGGAUGAGGUGGAGGGAUGCAUCCUGCACACGUCGCUGCUUUUGCUCUGCUGCCCCUGGGUCCCGCAGCCUUUGCUGGGUGGGAGCUGGGAGAUGGCCUCAGGCCUUUGGAGGGCUGGCGGGCAUGGGGUGGGUUGCCCAAAAGCCUUCCCCAGCCUGAUCCCGAGCUGGCUGAGCGUGGGGCUGGGGGCUGGCAAGGGCCACUCCAUCCCCGGGCACUGGCACCAAAGGAAGGGGAGGAGAGAUGGAGACAGCCAAGAUUUAUGCUGCCAGCGCAGGAGCAAAGAGAGGAGGGAGACAGCCAAGGUCAGAGACAGCGCUGCCAAAAUUCACAAUGAAUCUGCAGGAGCGCUGGAGGGGAGAGACUGAGGGCUUGGAAAGAAAUGGAAAGAGGAGGGAGGGAGGGAGCCUGGGAGACGGAGCAGGGUGAGGGAGCAGGACGGGGCUGCCGCAGAUGGGAACAUGCCACCGCUCGGCCAAAAUGGUUAAACGGGGAUGAGAGGGACAGCAAAGGGGAGCCUCAAGCCAGCAGAGGAGACAGCAGGAGCAGGAAUGCGAGGGAGCCAGAAGGGCUGUGGAUGUGGCUCUGUCCCUCCAGGUCCCUCCAACACACCCCCGUACAGCACAGCCCAGUUCUGGGGUGUGCACGGCUGCUGCGGCUGCCCAGUGCCCGCUGGCAGUGCUGACCCCAAUCCAGCCCCACCGCAGAGGUGAAUUUUCAAUCCUGUCUCCUUAGUAUUCACAGCAUCCCACGGCAGAGUGAACGCCUGCAGCCAGCAUGGCUCAAGGUGACUCGGAGGUCAGGGAAAAAGCAGCCGGGCAAUUCAGGAGCCAGCUGCCAGCUCCACACCGGUGGGCAGAUCCAGCAGUUUGUGAGAACCAGAGGUGCCUGGCACAUCGCGGCCUCCCCUCCCGGCACUGCCGGUCCCUGCGUGCCAUGGACGCAGCACCCCAGUGCUGCCCACGCACGUGGUGAUCCACGCGCAGGGCCGGCUGCCCGUGGGGUUUCUGAUCCUGCAAACUGGGAAGGGCUGGAGCUGGCACAGCCGGGUUGUUUCCCUCUCGCAGGGUGCGGUGUGCCCAUGCAGGCUCCAUGCCCUUGCAGGGACAGCGGACGCCUGCUUCGGGGCUCGUGGGGGGCUCCUCCAGGUCCGCAUUGUGGAUGCAUCGCUCCAAGGGCCUUUUAUAGCAGAAACCCCUCUCCUUCUGCAAACAGCCACGUCUGAGCCCCAGCCCAGGCUACUAGCUCUGCCCAAAGGCAACCGAAGGGAUGGAGCCCUGCCUUCCACUAAGACCAGCUGUAGAGCCGUGCUGGGAAGAGGCUCAAAACUUUCCUGGUGAUAAUUGAGAUCUAAUUAUCUUCAGCUAACACCAGGCCACCUGGGGAGAUGGGGAAAACCACAGGUGCCUUGUGAUAUGGCAACAGCUGAUGCACUGGGCUGUGACUCGGCAGCACCAGGAAACUCGCUGUGCUCUGCCUGAAUAUAAAGCAAAGCAUGAAGUGGAGGGCUGGCAGAUUUUUCUUCUGGCUAGUGAUAUGUAAGUGUGCAAACAUGCUGCCUUUUCCUCUUGGUGGUGGCUGUGGCUGACACAGGUGGGUGGCUGUGCUCCUUUACCCUUAUCCCUCUGCACAGAGAUCAGAUCUGAAGCUCUUUUUGGUUUCUUUUUUCCUUCUGCAAAUUGCCUUUACCCAGACAGUUUUAUCAAACAUGCUUGGAGCCACGCAGGACCUGCUCACCUGCAGAGAAGGCGAUGGGGCGGUGUUUCCCAAGCAGGCUUUUAAAAUGUCAAGGGCGAAAGAGGUUGGGAGGAGGAGAAAAGAAGAAGAAAGAAGAAGAGAGCUGGGGAGGUGCUUUCCAUUCACAGGAACCUAAAAUGAGGACCCUUCUCCCGCUGGAAAGGGGAACGGCCCAGGGAGGUGGCAGCAGGGUUGGCCUGUGAGCCUCGGCCCAGGCGCCAUGUUCUACAUGCAUUUGCUGAUCAACAAGCGCGGGCCGUUGGCCAAAAUAUGGCUUGCUGCCCACUGGCAGAAGAAGCUCACCAAAGCUCAUAUAUUUGAGUGCAAUUUAGAGACUACCGUUGAAAAGAUCAUCUCGCCAAAGUUUACAAUAGCUCUGCGAACCUCUGGACACUUACUCCUAGGAGUGGUGCGGAUUUACCACAGAAAAGCAAAGUACCUCUUGGCAGACUGUAGUGAAGCUUUGACAAAAAUGAAGACAGCCUUUCGCCCAGGACUUGUUGACCUUCCAGAAGAGAACUUUGAGGCUGCUUAUCAGUCCAUUACAUUACCUGAAGAAUUUCAUGAUUUUGAAAUACCACUACCUGAUUUAAAUGCCAUUGAUGUUGCUGAACAUUUUACCUUGAAUCAGAGCAGAGCUGAAGACAUCACACUUACAGAGGAUUACGAAAGCAAUAUACUUCUCUGUGAUAGAAACUUUGAUGAAGAACCAGAUGCACUAAGAAAACAGAGCUUCUUUGAUGGCAGCUUCUUAACGAGCAGUAACAGUUUUGUGGCUGAUCACAACUCUGCGAGCGUGAAUGGAGACAAGUCUGCACUGUGUGAAGAUACUUACUGUUUUGAGCAUGACUGUUUUGGAGAUGAGGAGGAUGCUGCAGAUAUGAUUGAAAUCCUGUUGAGGGAUGAGCAAAAUGACCUAGAAAAAGACAUUCUCAAUAUGGAGGAAGACCGUCCUUUGUCACAAGAUCUGCCAGAGAACAGCACAGCCAUUGAGUCCAACUGUGCAGACACCACCAUUAAGAAAGUAAGUCAUCUAAGGAAUGAAACAAUACUUUUGUUGAAUGAAGAAGAAGGAUUUGUGCUUGAGCCAGUUGAUGAUACAGCUGUCACACAGAGGAAAAAAAAUAAAAGAAAGAGGAAGUUGCUUGUGGAUGUAGAGAAAGAACUCAGCUGCAACACUAUAUACAACCAGCUUAAAAACUGCGCAGACAUCCUUGCUACGUUAGACCUUGCACCCCCAACAAAAAAAACAAUGAUGUGGAAGAAAUCGGGAGGUGUGGAUAAACUCCUGUCCCAUGCCACACAGCCUGUGGUUCAUGCUGAGCUGCAAAUGUUGUUUGCAAAAUGCUUCAAGAGUCAUGUAUUUAAGAUGAGAAGAAAUGGAAUACAGAGGGAUUCUGAAAUGGAAGAAACAAGAAAAGAGCAAGAUACCACAGAGAUGCUGAUAGUAGAAGAGCCAAGUUACCUGCAGGAGUCAGCUCAUUCAGAGACUGAGAGAAAAAUUAGAAAUGAUUUGUUUAUGUUGACAUCACAGAAUAACAGAAAUGAAACUGAUGAUAACUGUGGUGAAACUAUACAGGAUGGAACGGCUUUCUCUGAGAGCUCCUCACUGGCGACCAAUUCACUGGGCCACAAAGCUGAAACACAGCAAGCUGAGUUAACAAAUGAGCUAAAGAGGAACGGGAAAGACAGUGAAGAAAUAAGGUGGAGCAAAAGAACUCUUCAGUUAUUAAAAACUUUACAGCACCUGAAGAGAUCAGGCGUGCGUUCUUUCAGUUUUCGGGAGCUCUGUCAGAAAAACAACCGGAAAGAAGCUGUGGCCAAGUUUUACAUCCUUCUUGUUCUGAAGAAGCAGUCAGCUGUUGAGCUCAGUCAGAGUGCUCCCUUUGCUGACAUUACAGCCACCCUCAGCCCGAUGUUCAAUGCUCCCUGACAUCACGUAGUAUUCGGAUAAGCUAAUAAAAAUAAAUCUUAUUCUAAAUUUUUCAGCAAAUAUAUUUCCUCGAAAAAUGAUUGAAUGUCUUGUCAAACCGUUGUAACUGAACAGAGCUCCCUUUCCUUUGUAGUACCUCUCAGCACUGGCAAGUACCCAGCUUGUGCAGGUGUGCUGCCUCAGUAUUGGUUACCCAGGUGUUCACUAGUAUGUUUAUUUUUAAUAUAUGUGUUUACAUGAUGAGCAGUUACUUAUUCUGUUAAUAAAACAUCGCUAAAAUGCAUAUUCUACGUCAGAGAUUUACAUUAUAAGGGAUUUUAUGAAAGUCUUUAAAAACCUUUCCUAGAGACCAGCUUUGGAGGUUAAAUUAUUUCUAACGGGGCUUGUGUGUGUUAAUUAUCUAACACUACCAGUAAGAGAAGUCUGUUAAGCUCUCUCUGUCAAAAAAAAUUAGUCUAUUUGAAAUUAUUCCUGUCAAAGAAUGUUCAGUAUUUGAUAUUUUAAGGUCUGGCAAGUUACUGUCUCCAGCAUCGGUUUCACGUGUUCAGGCAGAGAGAAGUUGCACUAUUCUGAGAAGAGUCACGUAAGCUUCAGGGAGAAAUCCUAUUCCCUAGAAAUCCUGUGAUUUUAGAUUUCAUGGAGCACGUUUACUUAAAGACUAACACUUUUAUUUAUUUAUGUGUAGGCCUAUUUAAAAUUGGAUGUUAAACUGAAAUAUUAUUAGUUCUUUGCUUUUUUUAGCUUAUUUUGGAUACGUUUUUACACUUUUACCGUCAUUUUGUAAAGGUUGUGUUUUUCAGUUGCAUCAAACCUGUGAGACACAGGAGGGUUGUGUGUGUUCAGCACUCUGGAGUGUUACAGCGCUGUGGAUAUGCUGACCUCUCUUAAUAUGAAAUCAAUAAAAAACACAAGAAGAUG